CCCUUGCAUGAAACAAUCACCUUUUAUAAGCAGACUCAUUCAUUAUUCAAUAGCAUGUCUUUUUCUUCCCUAGAGAGUAAGUUCCUUCAGGACAGAAUGUAUCUGUCUCUCUUUUUUAACCUCUGUAGCCCUUCAAAUGGAGCCUGGCACAUAGUAGGUGCUCUUGAAAUGCCUGCUGAAUGAGAGAUGAGAUUUCACUGCACACUAUUGAAAUAAAGCCAAGGACAGAAUAUUUUUUUCCCCUCAAGAAAGAAGCGUCAUUUCAAAUAUUGUAAAACGUCAGAAAGAAGGAAUUGGGAUAGAAUAAAGGCCAUCAGGCAGUCAUUAGUGACCUUUGAUAAGAGAACAGUUUGUGUCAAGGAAUAGAGAUGGAAUCGUGAUUGCAGGGAGUGAAGAUGGGACACACGAGAAUAUUUAUGCAGUGGUGGUGAUCACUAGUUGGAGGAGUAGGGCAAUGAAAGGAAAAUAAAAAGGUACUUAACUUCAACACUCAAAGUAUGAUGAGACCAAAGAUAGCCUGAGCCCAUGUUGGGUGAAUUUUUGUUCUCUUUGCAAAACUGGACAUCAGAAUACCAAUUUAUCUCAUCAAAAUGAGAGUCUCUCAGCUGAGCUCAAGAACAGAGCCUGCCCAUGGCAGGGUCAUUCAUUACCUUCUCCCUAAAAUCUUCCUGAGAAGAAAAUGGAGCAGCCAACAGAGUAGCCAGCAGAGCAGCCACGACGAUGAUUCUAGCAGGUUCCUGAGUCCUCGAGUGCGGGAAGAAAGCACUGCCAGUAACUCAAACCGCAGCACGCCCGCCUGCUCCCCCAUCCUCCGGAAGCGGUCUCGCUCGCCAACCCCACAGAACCCCGACGGAGACACCAUGGUGGAGAAGGGCUCAGAUCACUCCUCGGACAAGUCCCCGUCCACACCCGAGCAGGGCGUGCAGCGCAGCUGCUCCUCACAGUCGGGCCGCAGUGGUGGCAAAAAUUCCAAGAAAAGCCAGAGUUGGUAUAAUGUAUUAAGCCCCACUUACAAGCAGAGAAAUGAAGACUUCCGAAAGCUCUUUAAGCAACUUCCAGACACGGAGCGCCUCAUUGUUGAUUAUUCAUGUGCACUCCAAAGGGACAUUCUUCUUCAGGGCCGACUCUACCUCUCUGAAAAUUGGAUCUGCUUCUACAGCAACAUCUUCCGCUGGGAAACUCUGCUGACCGUCCGUUUGAAAGACAUCUGCUCCAUGACUAAGGAGAAAACAGCUCGCCUCAUUCCCAAUGCCAUCCAAGUUUGCACCGACUCAGAAAAGCACUUUUUCACUUCAUUUGGGGCGCGGGAUAGGACGUACAUGAUGAUGUUCCGGCUCUGGCAGAAUGCUCUCCUUGAAAAGCCCCUGUGCCCCAAGGAGCUCUGGCACUUUGUUCACCAGUGCUACGGGAACGAGUUGGGCCUGACCAGUGAUGACGAGGACUACGUGCCACCCGAUGACGACUUCAACACGAUGGGCUACUGCGAGGAGAUCCCCGUAGAAGAGAAUGAAGUCAAUGACAGCUCCUCCAAAAGCAGUAUAGAGACCAAGCCGGAUGCCAGUCCACAGCUGCCCAAGAAGUCUAUCACCAACAGCACCCUCACCUCCACUGGGAGCAGCGAAGCCCCUGUCUCAUUCGAUGGACUGCCCCUGGAAGAGGAGGUGCUGGGGGGCGAUGGAUCGCUAGAGAAGGAGCUCACCAUCGACAACAUCAUUGGGGAGAAAAUUGAGGUCCUUGCACCUGUGGCCUCCCCCUCCCUGGACUUCAAUGACAAUGAGGACAUCCCCACCGAGCUCAGCGACUCUUCCGAUACCCAUGACGAAGGCGAGGUCCAGGCCUUCUACGAGGACCUGAGUGGCCGGCAAUAUGUGAAUGAAGUCUUCAACUUCAGUGUGGACAAGCUCUAUGACCUUCUGUUCACCGACUCGCCUUUCCAGCGUGACUUCAUGGAGCAACGACGCUUCUCUGACAUCAUCUUCCAUCCCUGGAAGAAGGAAGAGAACGGAAACCAGAGCCGAGUGAUUCUUUAUACCAUCACCCUGACCAACCCCCUGGCUCCCAAAACGGCCACCGUCAGGGAGACACAGACCAUGUACAAGGCGAGCCAGGAGAGUGAGUGUUACGUGAUCGACGCCGAGGUCCUCACACACGACGUGCCCUACCAUGACUACUUCUACACCAUCAAUCGCUACACGCUCACCCGUGUGGCCCGGAACAAGAGUCGGCUCAGGGUCUCCACAGAGCUGCGUUAUCGGAAACAGCCCUGGGGGUUGGUGAAGUCUUUCAUCGAGAAGAACUUCUGGAGUGGGCUGGAGGACUAUUUCCGCCAUCUAGAGAGCGAGCUGACCAAAACAGAAAGUACCUACCUGGCUGAGAUGCACAGACAGUCUCCCAAAGAGAAGGCCAGCAAGCCUCCAACGGUGCGGAGGAGGAAGCGUCCCCAUGCCCACCUGCGGGUCCCUCACCUGGAAGAGGUGAUGAGCCCCGUCACCACACCCACUGAUGAAGAUGUGGGUCACAGGAUUAAGCACGUGGCAGGUUCCACGCAGACACGGCAUAUCCCCGAGGACGCCCCCAAUGGUUUCCACCUGCAGAGUGUGUCCAAGCUGUUGCUGGUUAUCAGCUGUGUUCUGGUGCUGCUGGUCAUCCUUAACAUGAUGCUCUUCUACAAACUCUGGAUGUUGGAAUACACCACCCAGACCCUCACUGCCUGGCAGGGUCUGAGGCUCCAAGAAAGGUUACCCCAGUCUCAGACAGAAUGGGCCCAGCUCUUAGAGUCCCAACAAAAGUACCAUGAUACCGAGCUUCAAAAAUGGAGGGAAAUCAUCAAAUCCUCAGUGAUGCUUCUUGACCAGAUGAAGGACUCACUCAUCAACCUUCAGAAUGGCAUCAGGUCCCGUGACUACUCAUCAGAAAGCGAAGAGAAGAGGAACCGCUAUCACUGACAAGGCAGGAGCAGGGGUGGCUGCAAGAGGCCUGUGCAAUACAUGUACAUAGACCAUAUAAAUAUAUAUAAAUAUAUAUAUACAGAAUAUAAAUAUAUAUAUAUAUUAUAUACAGAUUUUAAACAGAGAUAAUGCCUAUGUACCAGGGAGAAGGAGCGGGACCGCCCCCGUGCUGGUCGGUGGAGGGGCCGAGGAGGGCAGGGACCAUCUCCCAGCACCGACCUCCCCUGACCCUCCUCCUCCCCCUCCUGUCAUCCCCGCCCUUUCCCUCGCUGGCCAUUCUUGGCUCUGAGAAGGGAAAUGUUGUUGAGCCAAAGUUAUGCCUGUGAAGACCCUGGGUCUUGAAAAGAAGCCUCAAGGGGGCAUUGCUUCAGGUGCUUCAUUCCCUAAUAAUCCCCUUCUGAUUUGUCUCCCCAAUGGAAGAGAAUCUCCUCUUCCCGACCCCACGCCUCCAGAUGUUCUCUUGUGAACAAGGAAGCAUCAAGGGCAGGAGCCCCAUCUAAACUCCACCAGACAGGCCGCCCCCUUCCUGUGGACCAUCCCCCAAGAGUCGGGUGGAGAGGCUGGUGGGAAAGCUGGAAAGGCUGCGCUUGUGACUUUGUGUUUUGAAGCUGUAGGCUCCUGAGGUCUCGUAUAUGGGACGGUCUUCUCCAUCACCCCCUUCUUCUCACCUGUGUAGGGGCUGGACCCAAUAAGGGCUGGGAAUUUCCUACUUGCCCUCCCCCUUUCUCUCUGGUCUUCUCCCAGGCUGGAUCUGGGCGAAGUGUCACUUUUUAGUGCCUAAAGUCCUAUUUUUCCUCUGUGCCCUAAGAGCACAUUGUUUAUUAGCCAGGGUGGAGCAUUUUUGAUCUUGUUAAACCUCUUUUCAUGAUUAUAAGCAAGUCAGCUCUGGGGGCUCUGCAUCCUUCACUUUGAGCUGCCAGCUUGAUUUCCAGGUGAACCAGGGUGUCCUGGGAACUCUAGGGAUUGAGAGAGUGGAUGCCCAGGCAAUGUGUGGAUUGCAGGGUCUAAGCACAGAGUGCUGGGUGGACAGGGAGCAUCAGGAAUUGAGCACUUGGUUGGCUGCCCCGUCACUUACUCUCAGUGAAGGGCCAGCUUUCUUCAAGGACUGUCUGAGGCUCUUGGCUCUUAGAGGAAGUCUUAAGCCCUUGGAGGGAAUGGAUUUGGCAAAGGUACAUGUGUUUGGGCAAGGAGAAGCCAGGUGGCGUUCUCUGCUGCCCCAAGCUGCCCUAUUCCACGUCUCUAGUUUUUCAGACUUACAGUGGGAAUUCUAGCAGAGGAGGCAAAGCCUCUCUCGCGUCUGACCCCAGAGUUAGGAGAUGACUCAGGAGUAGAAAGAAGUCCUGGGUCUAGAAAGUGAAUCAUCCAUUUUGGAGGUUAGCUCUGGGGAACUGAGCAUUUGUCUCACCUCUUGGGGCCCUUCUGGGCACAUCCAUCAUCCUUCAUACACCAGUUCGAUUUCUCCACAGAAUGGCCCUGGAAUCCUUGCCAGAGCAUUCCAAAGGCUUCCCCACGCACAGCGCCUGGAGAUUCUCCAUCAGGAAAGCCAGUUUGGCAGGGAGAGCUCUCCCAGAUUGCUUGGUCUUCUAGUGGGGCCUCUUGAUAGAAGGUGCAGAAGGAAAGGAAAGUUAUCAAUGACCUACCCCAAAAGAACAAACUGUAUUCUUCUCUUGAAAUCGCUUCUCUUGCACAUCUCACUUGGCAGUGAAAAGUUCUUGACUUUUUAGUCUAAGGAUCCAGCCUUGUAGUUGCUCAAAGGCAGGAAGAGAGGACAAAAACCUACUGCCCAGGCCAUUGCCCAGGGAGUAGAAUAGCUGCUGGGUCAGCAAAAAUUAAUAUCCCUCCCUUAGGAAAUGAGAAGUAAGGAAAUGCAGUUGAAUGUCAACCUGGUGAUGAGUACUUCUGCCUGUAGGCCAGUGGGUCACCACCACUCACUGUGGUUCUGGUAUGAGGGUCAAGACUCACCAGCCAAAGGAGGAGUGGUGCACACUGCUAGAAAUUUCCCUGCUGGUCUAGUAGCCUGAGGCCAUAGUGGUUCCCCAACACCUUUGAAAGCAAAAAAGGCAAAACCACUAAUUUAUUCCAUAGACAACUAUUUAUUUAUUUAAAUUAUUAAGUUAUUAAAGGUCCCAUCCCUUGGGGAUGGCUUUUUUUUUUUUUUUUUUUUUUUUUUCUUUUGCUUGGAGCAAAGUGAUGUGUAACCCACGGGCCCAACUAUGCAGAGUUGUUCUGUUUUCGUUUUUAUUCUCAGGACCAUUCACAGAGGGAGCAGGUAACUGGGAGGGGAAGAUAAUCAUGUCUGAGGAUGCCCUCAUGCUUUCAGGUGAUUUGAACCCAGGAAACAAUGGGUGCACCUUGGGGGUGCCCCUCAGGCUGCCUGAUGCCUAAGAAUUAUGGAUCCCUUGUGGGCACUCUCUAUUCAAAUAGUUGUUUGAUUUUCAAACCAAGGAAAAAACCCAACAGUACUAUUCAGUCCCAGACAAAAGUGUUUUCUCCUUAUUCAGUAAUCUGCCAGAGAAGGGAGCUCAGCCUUGCAGGGAAACCCAUAAAUGACAUGGUAACUCAUGGUAACUGCAGCUGCCUGGCCUGGAGCUGUCUGCAAGGGCGCAUCAGAACCACCACCUCUUAGGCUAGCUCUUUCCAGCAGGCUCUUUUGUUUUCUGUUUGUUCACCUAAGAACUCAAGUCACAUAGGGGAUUUUUCUGUGAGGAUUCAUGUGGCAAAACAUUGAUGAGUUUAUACUCCAUUUGAAAUAAUUUACAAAGUUUCUAACCAGGUAAAGAACAGCUUACAGGGUUUAAACUUCCACUUACAGUGGAGUAAUUGAGAAGGUGGCCUUGGAGAGGUCAGUCAUGUCUACAGCUCUCAGUUGUCCACUGGGGCAGGGGAGUGGGGAUGAGGACGAGGAAGGGAGAUCAGACUCAUUCAGUAUUAACCUAGAAAGGCAUUUCUUCCUUCAGUUGGCUCGUCUUAGUUUGGGAAGAGACCGUCAUUUGGAUCUUUUCUGAACUAGGAGGAUAAUGGCAAGAAAGGCACCAUCUUGGACUGAGCCAUCUUUCAUCCUUGGCUAAGAAGCCUUUCAUCUAUCUGUCCAUCCUUCUUCCUUGCUAGAGGUAGCAGUGGAGAGAAGUCAUUUCUGGUUCUAGCAUGUCUUUUGGCUCAGUCAAAACCUUGAUGGGGUUGGAAAUAGGUGUGAAACCUUAGCUACCAUCUUGAUUUGCCUUAGAGCAGGGAUUACAGGGAGAGGGGAGAACCAGGAAACCACAGGAGGAAUGCUUUGCUAGAUGUAGAUUCUCCCCAUCUCCCUAUGCCCCACCCAAGCUUGGACUAUGUCUAAUACAUUCACAGGCACCAUCUCUAGACUGAAAUCUUAGAGGCAGAACUAGAGGAAGAAUCUUUUUAGGCCAUCUGUGGACUCAGAAGGAUACUUUCUGUGCCAUACUCUACUGCUUCCUUAGCUCUGCAGGGCAGCCAAAGCCAGCCCUUCCUCUUGGACCCCCCCCCACUCCCCCGCAGGAGAAAUAGCACUGUUCUCUCUCCCUGGGUGGCAGGACUGUGGUCUCCCUGCCACAUCCCUGACUCCACCUGCCCAUACCAGUAGGACACUUGAGCACUUCUCUUCCUAGUUCUCUCUCCCCCCGCCCCUGUCUCUAGGCUGUGGGACAAUCACCCCACUCACCACUUGACAUUCUUGGCCCUCAUCCCCAAACCUCCAGCAGGCUGACCCCACUCCUCUCCACCUCUGUUUUCUUCCAGAAGAUGUGUUUUGGGUCCGGGCGGAGCGUUUUUCUGGAAGGCCACCUUUUAAUGUCCCUGCUUUUCUGUGGAGCAGGAAUUUGCACACGGUGUAGAGAGACCCCCUUCCCACCUCUCUGCCCGGCCUCGUUACCUCACUCCUGCUCCGACCAUGGCUGUGACGGGCCCAGCCAGCUCCCUGUUUUGGUGUUCUAUGUGACCACUCAGGGGUCUUGGGCAUUGUUUUCUAUUGUGACUUGAGGUCCUCAGCAGGCCUGGGAGCCCGGAUUUGGAGCCCUGGCCACUGGGGAGAAGCACCUGGCCUGCCAAGAGGAGCUGAUGCCAGACGAUCUACGCAACAUGUGAAGGCGGAAAGAACAUUGUCAUCUCUGCCCUUUGGUCUCCCUUGCUUCUCUCGGCACAAUGAGACACUGCAGAAGCAAAAUGGUGGCCUCUGCUCCAGGCAAGACAGCUGGCUCUGUCUGGAAUGUUGGCCCUGGGCUUGGGUGCCAUGUGCUGAGAUCGCAUCGUCAAAGCAACCAUUUUUGCCAACAAUAGUGUGUGGCUCCCCACGCCUCCCCUUCCUGCACUCUAGGGCCAGACCACUCUCUGCAUGGACCAGACCAUCUUCCCAAACCCAUGGUGCUUCCCCCCUUCCCCACUCAACCUAGACCCCGAGGUGGGGAGGGAUGGGCCAGAGGCCAUAGUGGUCCCUGGGCAAUCCUGACAUGGGGUGGAGUGGGGUGAGGCAUAAGGAGGAGCCCCAAAUCUGCACUGGGCCAUCAAUGGGAAGGAACACAGGUUGACUGCAGUUGAGUUGUCUGGCCAUCUGUGUUGGGAACUGUAACUGUCCUCUGCCUGGCGCUGUGCGCAAGGUCUGGAAACUUACUGCUAGUACCUAGAAACAUACAAGGCUUCCCAGCCAAAUCUUUAAUGUAAGUAGCUAGACCCACGGAAGUACAGUAUGAAUUAAAAGAAAAAGUAUUGAACUACAAAUAAUAAAUGGUGUGUGUGUUUAUUGCUUGAAUCAUCAGUGCUCACCCCAAAUGUUUCUGGUCUUCCCAGAUGUGUACCACGCUUAUCCAUGUACUCACGGACAUCCUGAAAUCUAAGACCUCCUUGCGGGGGAGGCAGAGGGCGACAGCCUGAAGUGGAAUAGAUUUGGAAUUAGACUGAGGGCAAAGGUUAGCAUCACUGCUUACCAGCUGUGUGAUCAUGGGCCCAUUCAUCACUC